AUGUCCGAAGCCCGGCUACUGCCUCGAAAUCGACGGAAGACACGGAGUGGCUGUCUCCGUUGCAAGCAAAGAAAGAUCAAGUGUGAUGAAGCUUUGCCACAAUGUAACCAGUGCACGCGCAAAGCACUCGACUGUCCAGGAUACGUACGACCGCUGAAGUGGUCGUCUAAGUAUGAAACCUGGAAUAACACUGAUGUCGCGAAAUACAAUCUGAAGGAUCUCAACCACAACGUGCGCCACCCUGAAAAUAACACAAGGGAACCUGAAAAUGCUCUACCACAGACUCCCAAAAAGCUCCACAGGAGCCCAUUCUUUGCAGAAAGAGAAGAUUUCCCUGAAGAAAACCAUUUCAAUCACGCUCUUGAUACCGCUUCACAUGCAAAUGACUUCAACCUGGAUACGGAUGAGCUUCUGGGGCCGUUUCUUUUCUCGAGGCCCAGCAUGGACAACUUCUUUCUUGAUUCUAUCUCACAGGGCCAGCACAUAGACACAGAAACGCUUUGGGAUGAUCUGAUUAAGUCUCCCCAAACUAUUGAAGACCAGAGUACGCGGCUCUCUCGGCACUACUUCUCAAGUAUCUGCCGCAUCAACUGUUGUUUCGACUCAUCCAAAAACCCAUUUCGGAGCUGGCACAAUCCGUCUGUUCUAGGACUCACUCAUCUUCACGGUGCACGAGUUCUUUUCAAGAAAUGGCUUGCUGGUGUCACAGACGCGUCUAAAACAUCUCCAGAGCAAGACAAACUAUCUUACGAUAAGAAUUUCCUAGUCGGCACAAUGGCUUAUUGGGAGGCGAUGGCAUCAUUUCUAAUGGACCAACCUAUGCAAUCCGUUUCAUACCUCACGCCAAUCUCUGACCAGAGUGGAAAUAAGAAAAUUCAGUCCAACCCUUGGACAGGGAUUUCAACGCCUCUUUUUGUCUAUCUCGCCCAGGCAGGUGCACUUGGACGACAGCGGUCAGUCAUUAGAAAAUUCACCGUGUCGACUUCCACAACAGCAAUUCAUGACAAACUUCAUGUGGAGCUUCUCUCCCAGGCGCGUGACGUUGAAAAUUCUCUUCUCAGUUACAAGAUCCUUUCGGCGGAUAGAGUCGAAGACACAGGUGAUGCACUUACACCUGUGAGCCACUUGCAGAAGAUGGCCCAAAUAUACAGGUUGACGGCUCUUCUCGAACUUUAUCGAGUCUUUCCAGAACUUUUCCAGAAUCUAACUUCAGACGAAUGUGAUGCCUUCAAUUUCACGUCGUUCAAAACAAGGAUCAUCGCUAUUGCAAUUGGCAUUCUCACUCUCAUAUCAACCAUACCUACCACUUCGGGGGUAAAUGCCUUGCUAUGUCUUCCCAUGAUUGCAGCCGGGAGUACAUUGCAAACCACAGAGCCAGAUCAAGCAGAAUUCUCGCACGUGUCAACAAGUAGUCUCUGCAGUGAUCUAAUGUCGAUCUUCAUUCAGGACGAUACUCAUGCCCAAUGGCGGGAAUUUGUACGAGAGCGAAUGAAUGUGAUACACAAUCAUGUUGGAUUGGGCGGUGUUGCUCGAGCAUUGGAGGUUAUUGAGAAGACUUGGAUGAGAGCUGAUAUUCAAGCCUUUGUACAUGAGUGCAGCUCAAUAGGGGAAUUUGUUCAUUGGACGGAUGUGAUGGCUGAUGAGCGGUUGGAGACUAUGUUUGGGUGA